CGGAUCCCAGUGACCCCUGCAGUUACUCAUCACUUCCUGCUUCCAGGCUGAGGGGCUGGUGGAUUGUAGAGCACCGGGUACACGGCGGCGGGGCAGGCGCCACAUAUACAGGUGUUUAUAAACAUUAAUAACCCCAAGAAGAAUGAUGGUAUCCAAGCAAGCGUUCCUUUUCAGCCUGGGCUCUCUCUACCUCUCUCUGCUCUUUGUGUUUCUCCUCAUGGACGUCUACGCCCGGCCCGCCAACAAUUCCGCCUUGAAAGUAAAGCCCCAGGACAGUAAAGAUGAGAACGAAAUUUUACCCCCAGACCACCUGAACGGGGUGAAGAUGGAGAUGGACGGCCACCUCAACAAAGAGUUCCAUCAGGAGGUUUUCCUGGGUAAGGAGAUGGAAGAAUUUGACGAGGAUUCCGAACCUCGGAGAAACAGGAAGAAGUUAUCCGCCAUCUUUACAAAGGUGGACCGGAACAAAGACAAACAGAUCAGCGCUCAGGAAAUGCAGCGCUGGAUAAUGGAGAAGACCGAGGAACACUUCCAAGAAGCCGUUAAGGAAAAUAAGAUGCAUUUCCGCGCCGUGGAUCCGGAUGGUGACGGGCACGUGUCUUGGGACGAAUACAAGAUCAAGUUCCUGGCCAGCAAAGGCUUCAAUGAAAAGGAAGUGGCGGAAAAACUGAAGAACAACGAGGAGCUGAAGAUCGACGAAGAAACGCAAGAAGUGUUGGAGAACCUGAAGGACCGAUGGUUUCAGGCGGACAACCCCCCAGCGGACCAGCUUCUGAACGAAGAUGAGUUUCUGUCCUUCCUGCACCCCGAGCACAGUCGAGGGAUGCUCAAGUUCAUGGUGAAGGAGAUCGUCCGGGACCUGGAUCAGAAUGGAGACAAAAAGCUGACGCUUUCCGAGUUCAUUUCUCUGCCCGUGGGGACCGUUGAAAACCAGCAGGCCCAAGACAUUGACGACGAUUGGGUGCGAGACCGCAAGAAGGAGUUUGAAGAAGUUAUCGACGCAAAUCACGAUGGAAUUGUAACUAUGGACGAGCUGGAGGAGUACAUGGAUCCCAUGAAUGAAUACAACGCUCUGAAUGAAGCCAAGCAGAUGAUUGCCGUGGCGGAUGAAAACCAGGACCACCAUUUGGGUCAGGAUGAAAUGCUGAAGUACAGCGAAUAUUUCACCGGCAGCAAGUUGAUGGAUUACGCGCGCAACGUCCACGAGGAGUUUUGAGCCCCCCCUGACCGCGCUCCCUAAGAGAUGCCCCUCUCUUCCCCGUCCGCUGGAGGAGUCCCGGGAAUGUAUCGAGGACGACUCCUGUAGCCGAUCGGGAAGAGCGAUAACACCCGUUUUGCUGCUACUCUGCCUGUGUGUUCUUCGUGUGCGUUAUUGAGUGGGACCCUCGCCUUCCCCACCAUGGCAGGAUUUGCACAUAAGUACUGGCUUUUGUUUGCUUCGGCCAAUUCCUCCCCUCUGGUCUCCAGCGAUACGGGGAGAGCCCGCGGGGGUCCGAUCACUCUCCGUUAUUCCUACACUCUCAGUGUUCAGAAAGGGUCUUGGAUCUCUUAUGGAAAUGACUUCGGCCGGAGGCUGGUGAUUAGGGAGCCGUCCGUGUAACAUGUAUCACGUUAACGUUCAGUUCCUAACACGGGCUGAUCUGUGCGUUUUGCUUUAUGUAAAAGAUGUCAUAUUAUCCAAUGGCUGUGAAUGUCAGAGUCCCGAGCGUCCUGCGGGACGCCGUAUCCAGAUCCUGUAAGGAUAAAUCUCUAUCGAUGGAAUCUUCGAGGAAAGAUUUGCAAGAAUUCUAAAUUUGGGACAGUCUGCAAAAAAAACAGAUUAUUCCAGAAUCACAGCUGUUCUUAUUAUCGAUUUAAACAUUUUCUGGGGCGUAGAAACCAGCGGCGCAACUGUUGGCUGCUUCGCUUUUACGAGUUUGCCACAGGCU